AUGAAGAUCCCAUCAAACAGAUAUCUCCUCAGUCUACACCCCAUCAAAACUAAUCUGAAGUUGUACGACGAUCCUUUGGAUAGGUCCAUGCAACAAAACGCAGUUGGAUACUUCUCAAUCACCUUAUUUUACUUCACGAUCAAAUCCAACAAGAAUAUCGAGAAACACCCAUUGCCUCCCGGUCCAAAACCAUGGCCUAUCGUUGGAUGCCUCCCUACCAUGCUCCGAAACAAGUCAGUGCCUCGAUGGAUACAUAAUCUCAUGAAAGAAAUGAACACUGAAAUAGCUUGUAUCCGUCUAGGAAACGUUCAUGUAAUUCCUGUCACUUGUCCUGAUAUCGCAUGUGAAUUCUUAAAGGCAAAAGAUGAUAUCUUUGCGUCUAGGCCUAAUAUCAUGUCCGCCAAGAUCGUGUCAAGAGAUUACUUAACAACAGUUCUCACUCCCAUUGGAGACCAAUGGACGAAAAUGAAGAAAGUGUUGAUGACACAAGUGCUUUCUUCUGCAGGACAUCAUUGGCUUUAUAGAAAAAGAGUUGAAGAAGCUGAUCACCUCGUUCAUUACGUGUAUAACCAAUGCAAGAAGGUUGUAGAUCAAGAAGGGAUAAUCAAUUUGAGAAUGGCUACACAACACUACUGUGCAAAUUUGGUUAGGAAGAUGAUGUUUAAUGUGAGGUUUUUGGGCGAGGGAAUGGAAGAUGGUGGACCUGGUUUCGAGGAAGAGCGGCAUGUGGAAGCAAUUUUCACUAUCCUUAAUCAUUUAUUUUCAUUUUGUGUCUCUGAUUUUUUGCCAUCUCUAGUAGGGUUUGACUUAGAUGGCCAUGAGAGGGUGAUGAAGGAGAGUCAUGGGAUCAUCAAUAAAUAUCAUGAUCCCAUAAUUGACCAAAGGGUUCAACAAUGGAAGGAUGGCACAAAGAAGGAUGUAGAGGACUUGCUUGAUGUAUUAAUUACCCUAAAAGAUGACAAUGGCAAUCCUUUGCUGUCAAAAGAUGAGAUCAAAGCUCAAACUACGGCAUGCGCUAGAGAAGCCUUUAGGCUUCACCCCAUUUCACCAUUUAACGUGCCUCAUGUGUCAGUUGUUGAUACGACAGUGGCCAACUACUUCAUCCCGAAAGGUAGCUAUGUUUUGCUCAGUCGGCAAGGGCUCGGUUCCAAUCCUAAAAUAUGGGAUGAGCCACUCAAGUUCAAACCAGAGCGCCACCUCAGUGGAACAAACAACGUGGUGCUCACUGAGAAUAAUCUGCGAUUCAUUUCGUUUUCAACAGGAAAACGUGGAUGCAAAGGUGUGACGCUUGGAACUUCCAUGACUAUCAUGCUAUUUGCAAGACUUCUUCAAGGGUUUACUUGGAGUUUACCACCUGACCAAUCCUGCAUCGACCUUACCAUUGCAGAAGACAGCAUGGCACUUGCAAAACCACUGCUUGCUCUUGCAAAACCACGCUUGCCUCCACAUUUGUAUCCUGGAUGCUAA